AAGCUUAUUUUCAUGAAACCUAAAAGCAUAGUCGAAUGGUUCUUAACAGUUUUAAGCCUUUAGCGCUGACUAAGACGAAAGUCGGCUCUUUAAUCCCAUCACUUCUAACUCUAUUGUUGCUUUCAGAGAUUUUGGUUUCUGCUAAGAAAUCUGGUGAUGUUACGGAAUUACAGAUUGGCGUGAAGUUUAAGCCAGAAACUUGUGAUAUUCAGGCUCACAAAGGUGACAUAAUCGAAGUACACUAUCGGGGAAAACUCACGGAUGGAACUGUUUUUGAUUCCAGCUUUGAAAGGGAUGAUCCAAUUAAGUUUGAGCUUGGCAGUGGCCAAGUUAUUAAAGGAUGGGACCAAGGGCUUUUAGCUAUGUGUUUGGGGGAGAAGCGAAAGUUGAAAAUACCUGCAAAACUUGGUUAUGGAGAACAAGGAUCCCCACCUAAAAUUCCAGGUGGAGCAACACUUAUUUUUGAUACCGAGCUCGUUGCAGUGAAUGGUAAAACAUCUGGAGGGAAAACGACAGGUGGUGAAAGUGAGCUAUAACUGAGGAAACGUUCCUGAAUCCAUUGGUAGUUAAAAAUUUGAGGAGUUUCCAGAGAAUUUAUUUGACAUUUUCUUAAUACUUUGAUCAUGACUUGAUAUCAAUUGAUCUGUAGUUGCAUAUGAUCAUGAUCAAUAAAUUUUGGACUUAAAACAGUUAAGGUCUAAAACCAUUUGACCUUUGAAA